GAAAGGCAAAUGUCUCUUUGAGGAUUAUGAGGGAAUUUGAGACUGAGUAUGAAAAUAUGAACUCCAGCAAGUCCCAAAUAUUAAUCAAAACUUUGAUUAAGGAGCUUAGUGCUCUCUGCCGGAGAGCAGAUCCACACAAUUAUAAAGAUGUAAAAGUCAUUAAUCUAAAACCUGGAAGUAUUGUUGCAGAGAGCAUAGCGGAAUACACCUAUCCCAACAAUGCAUCCCAAAUUGAUUUCCUGAACAAUGAACUGGAACCCAUUCUUAGGAAUAUCUUGAACAACACAGAUAACCUAAUGAUCAUCAGUCAAGCAUUUGAAAAUGUGCGAAUCCAGGUUACCAACAUUACCUUCCAACCAAUGGAAAUAAGGAAUAUUGCAGAUUUGAGGUCAUUUGUGGCCUGUCGUCUGGGUUUUGCCAACUACACAGAAGAGCUCUCUGAUGGCAGCUGGAAGUGUGUGGGGCCUUGUAAACAGUAUCCAGACUACUGUCAUAGACACGGAGAAUGCUUUAAUAAUGUUCAAAGUGGACCUAUUUGUCUGUGCUAUGAGUCUUCCCUGGAGCAGUAUGAUGGACCCCAGUGUGAGCGCUUCCGCAGGGGAAGAGGUUUCUAUGCUGCAGUCUUUGGUGCGCUGGGGGCAGGCAUCCUCCUCAUACUUGUUCUCAUCGUGGUUAUCGUGGUCCUGCAAAGGAAAUGUGGGGGACGAUGGAACAUUGACAAGCCACCUGCCAGAAGACUGAUGUCUCUCAAAGAGGACUUUUUUGACUUCACACAAAGAGGUAUGCUCAUCUCUGCCUCUAUGUCCCAAUGA